AAACACAGCAAGCUUCAAAGUUGGAAAACCAAAAAAGAAGAAACUAUGGAGAAACUAAUGAGGCAAAUCAUGUUCUGUGGUUUCUUCACUGCUCUUCUUUUGCUUUUAGCUGCAUGCCCAGCAACAUGUCAAGAAGUUGAGGAUGAGAGCGAGUUCAGUUAUGUACCUGGCAGCCAUAAUGGACCGGAGCGCUGGGGAGAGAUUCGUCCAGAAUGGAGCAUGUGUAACAAUGGAACCAUGCAGUCUCCUAUUGAUCUGCUGAAUGAGAGAGUUGAGAUAGUUUCUCACUUGGGAAGACUUAAGAGGGAUUACAAACCCUCUAAUGCAACUCUAAUAAAUAGAGGCCAUGAUAUGAUGUUGAGAUGGCAAAGUGGUGGAGGACAUAUCUACAUAAAUGGAACUCAGUACACACUCAACCAGUGCCAUUGGCACUCACCUUCUGAACACACCAUCAAUGGCCGGAGCUAUGAUCUAGAAGUUCACUUGGUUCAUGAGAGCUCGGAUGGUAGGGUUGCUGUGUUAGGAAUCCUGUAUACGAUUGGACGGCCGGAUUCCUUCUUGUCUAUGAUGGAGAAAGAUUUAAAAGCCCUUGCUGAUAUCAGAGGAGUAGAGAGAGUGGUGGGUACAAUUGACCCAAGGCAAAUAAAGUUGGGGAGUAGAAAGUAUUACAGGUACAUUGGGUCCCUUACAGUUCCUCCUUGCCAUCAAAACGUUGCCUGGACCAUGCUGAGAAAGGUCAGAACUGUUACCAGAGAACAAGUGAAACUAAUCCGCGAAGCUGUUCACGAUGACUCAGAAACUAAUGCAAGACCUGUACAACCAAUAAAUCAGCGCUCGGUGAAGCUCUACAGACCAACAGAUCGUCAAAAAAAUUAAAAUUCACAUUUUUUUAAUUAUUAUUAAUUUUUACUACCACUGAUUAAUAUUAUCAUACUAUUCGAGAUUUCAUUGUUACAGAGUACUACAUAGAUAUCUGCUAGAAAUGAGCUUGGGUUAGAGAUUUCCAUGUUUUUGUAACUCCUGGCCUAUGACUGCCCAUAUUUUAUAUGUUCUUGUUAUUGUAAUAUUAAUAGCUUUACAAUAAGAACUUGUCGGCUUUUGUGCUGGCAUUUCAUGUAUCUUUUGUUGCAUAUUCUGAAUUUAUAUAUUGAAGGUUAGAAAAACACAGGUAAGUUUAGCGGUUAAACAAAAAUUGAGAAGAAAAUAUGUGGACCUUGAGUUUUGAGUCCCAAGAACUUUAUUAAAUAUGAGUUUAACUUAUUUAUGUUAUUAUUGACG